AUGGGUUGCCUGGUGAACGUGAUCCACAACUACGGUGUGCACGUCACCAUGUGCCUGGGGCCGAGUAUGCUGCCGACGUUCAAUAGAUCAGGAGACUUCGUGCUGGUGGAGCAGUUGUCGGUGAUGACUGACAACAUCAGGCGCGGGGAUAUCGUCAUAGCAAAAUCGCCGACGAAUCCGAGGCACACGGUGUGCAAGCGGGUCCUUGGCAGAGGAGGGGAUGUCAUUGCCGUGCCGAAAGCUGGCAGCUUCGGUGGCACACAACGGGUCGAGGUUCCCCCUGGACACAUAUGGCUUCAAGGGGAUAACAAAGACAACUCGACAGACUCACGCGACUACGGACCUGUUCCCUUUGGCAUGCUUCGAGGCAAGGUUUUCUUGAAGGUCUGGCCGUUGAGCGAGCUGGGCUACGUGGCUCGUGAGGAAUGGCGGUCCGUCCUCACAGAGUAA